GUUUAUGUAACUUUACUCGAACGGAGCGCUCAAAAGCCCAGAGUGAGCUGCUUAGAGAAAGAGUCCUUCGGCAGUCUGCCAAGCAGAGCUCAGCAGCCAAGCAAAGAAAGAGGAACUUCAUACCGAUGGGAACCGUUGAUAACUUUGUGAGCAUUGGACCCAUAGAGUUCGGCAACCGUGGAAAAGAUGCAGGCGCACCGGCUUGUUUAUCCAACCAGGCACAUGCAACCACAGGGAAUGAAGGAGAGCAAGUGGGCACAUUCUUACGUGCGGUGCCAACCAGGGAAUCUCUCCGGUCCCCUCGGGGGUCAGUUGUGAGUUUCCACAACAUCCAAUAUUCCGUCAAGCAAUACAGUGGGUUCCCAUGCAAGCGGACAGUGGUGGAGAAGAAAAUCCUUCAGAAUGUGUACGGAGUUAUGAAGCCGGGCAUGAAUGCUAUUCUAGGUCCGACAGGCAGCGGUAAAUCGUCUCUCCUCGAUGUUUUGGCUGCUCGAAAGGAUCCCACUGGUUUGUCUGGCAAUGUUCUUAUAGACGGUGCCCUACAGCCUCCAAAUUUCAAGUGCAUCUCAGGAUACGUCGUCCAGGACGACGUUGUCAUGGGCACAAUGACGGUGCGGGAGAAUUUGCUCUUCUCUGCAGCCUUGCGGCUGCCAUGUUCGAUCAGCUUCCAAGAGAAAGCAGAGCGAGUGACCCAGAUCAUCAGCGAGUUGGGGCUGAGCAAAGUGGCAGAUGCUAAGGUAGGAACAGAACUCAUCCGAGGAGUAUCUGGAGGGGAGCGGAAGAGGACCAACAUCGGAAUGGAGCUGAUCACAGAGCCCCCAGUGCUGUUCCUGGACGAGCCCACCACUGGCCUUGAUGCAAGCACGGCCAAUGCUGUACUGCUUCUGCUGAAAAGGCUCUCCAGGAGGGGCAGAACCAUUAUCUUCUCAAUCCAUCAGCCUCGUUAUUCUAUCUUCAAGCUUUUUGAUAGUCUGACUUUGCUGGCUUUGGGGAAGGUUCUCUAUCAUGGCCCAGCUAAGAAAGCGCUGGAAUAUUUUCGUUCCGUGGGGUAUGAAUGUGAACCAUUCAACAACCCGGCUGACUUUUUUCUUGAUGUGAUCAAUGGUGAUUCUACAGCUGUGGCUGCAGGGAAAGAUGGUCAGAAGUCCAAGGCAACAGAUGGGAAAAUCCACACUGAGACAGACAGUGAGAACCCUGUGGAAGAGGAGGAAGGCGUGGCAAAGUCCGUGGUGGACUCUCUGCAUGAGAAAUACAUACGCUCCAGUCAAUACCAGGACCUGAUGAAGGAGCUACAGACAUGGGAAAAUGCCCAGGGGAUCUCUCAAAAGAAGCCAAGGCACGGGACUCAAGUGACAUACGCGAAUGGUUUCUUCACUCAACUCUACUGGGUAUCGCAGCGCUCCCUCAAAAACCUCAUUCGAAAUCCUCAGGCUUCUGUGGCCCAAGUUCUGGUAACUAUCAUCUUGGCACUAAUUGUAGGGGCCAUUUUCUUUGGUGUGAAGCUUGAUCAGAGCGGCAUUCAAAAUCGAGUUGGAUCCUUGUUUUUUGUAACCACAAACCAGUGCUUCUCCAGCGUGUCUUCCAUUGAACUGUUCAUCAGGGAUAAGAAAUUGUUUAUCCACCAGUAUACCAGUGGUUAUUACCGAGUGUCGGCCUAUUUCCUUGCUCUGAUGUUUGGAGACCUGCUGCCUAUGAGGACUAUGCCCGCAAUUGUCUUUUCGUGCAUCAGCUACUGGAUGAUUGGCUACCAGGCCGAGGCAGGACGGUUCUUCUUCUUCAUGCUGACGCUGGUGCUGUUGUCCUACACGGCCACUUCCAUGGCCCUGGCGAUCUCUGCUGGGAUGAAUGUGGUGGCCAUUGCUAACCUCAUCAUCACAAUUUGCUUCGUUUUCAUGCUGCUCUUUUCGGGCUUAUUGGUGAAUCUUCCUUCCGUGAUGGAUUGGCUGAACUGGCUGAAAUAUUUCAGCAUUCCUAGAUACGGUCUCACGGCCCUUGAAGUAAACGAGCUUAGAGGUCUGUAUUUCUGUGGCGAUAAUAAACCGAACAACAGUGAAUCCUUGUCGGUGAAUAGUUGUUCCCAAAAUAUUUCUCAUCUUGAGCAACCUUGUUCUGGUGAAACAUACCUCUGCAGCCAGGGAAUAGAGCCAACCAACUGGGCCAUGUGGGAGAACGUCGUUGCUCUUCUCUGCAUGACAGUCAUCUUCCUCCUGAUAGCCUAUGCCAAACUCCGGUUCAUGAAAAAGUUCACCUGACAUCUUCCUUCAGCUGCAAGAUGGAUGGCAUUCAAGAUGCGAUGAUGUAGCAGUUCCAACUGACAAGAGACAUUUUCUUUAUCCCUUUUAGAGGAUCCUAUUGUGCCUGCAACUGUUUAAACUUAAUCUCAUUUCUUGUAAAGGAAUGAUUGGACUAACAAGCCCUUGCAUAUAAAAUCCCACAUUUGGCCUUUGUUUUGAGGCCAACCUCAAUGUUUCUUGGGAAAUUUGUUUGGCUCCACUGUGGCUCAGUGGAAGAAGCUCUGCUUUGCAUGUAUAAGGUCCCAGGAUCAAUCCCCCGCAUCUCCAGUUAAAAGUACUAGGUAGGAGCCAAGAGUGGCAAGCUACUGCCAGUGGGAGCGGUCAAUACUGACCAUGAAGAACCAAUGCUGUAUAAGCAGCUUCACGUGCCCAUGUGUUUAUCAGUACCUAGUUUUCUUGGAGGGCAACUGUUGGGGUUAUGGAGACUGUUGGGGUAAUGGGUCAUUCAUUACUUCUAUUCCAAUUCCUUCUUGCCAGCUAUUUGUGUUCUACAGAUAUCACUUGCCGUAUACCUAUUUUGCAUAUAGGAGUGCAAGAGGCUGACCUUUAUGUUUAGGUUGUCAACUCCAGGUUGAAAAAGUUCUGGAGAUUUGAGGGCAGAGCCUGGGGACGCCAGACUUUGGAGAAGAGAGGGGUGUAAUGUUAUAGAGUCGACCUUCCCAAGCUGCUAUUUCCUCCGGGGAAACUUGUAGUAAUGACCCACGAGACCCAGAUCCAGAUGCAAAGUCUGUCCCUCCCAAAAUGGAGGCCAGAGUUUUAUUGAGAAGUUAACAGGAAAUCCCGGAAAAGAGCAAUGACCAAAUAUGUCUAUAGCAACAGUUACAACAACAGUAACGUGUUCUAAACCAGUCUCAGGCAGAUGGACAAGUACGCUGUGAUCAGCCUUUGUCUUAUCUGUGUAGCACAGUGAAAAGCACAGAGUGAGCUGUAAGGCGUGUGAGAAUGCUGCUUAGAGUGUAUGGGAAUAUUGUGCUCUGUGAAGGAUGAGAGAAUGAAAUGAUACAUAUUAAAGCUACUCCUUGACUCCUGUGUGGCAUGCCUACUCCAGGAACCAGGAAUGUAGGAAUGUAAAGAGUCAGCUAAUGCAGGCUGUGUGGCAUGCCAAUCUCCAGCCUACAAAACUGAUCUUUGCGGUCUGGAGAUCAGUUGUAAUUCUGUAAGCUGGCAACCCUACUUUGGGUAUAACCUUCCCCCCCCCGCAAGGUUUACUCAUUUGGACUCCUUUAUCCUUAUUUAGGGUUGCCAGGUCCCCUUACCUUCCCAGUAGGAGGUUAAAGGACCUGCACUUACCUUCUGCCUUGCCCAUGAUCUUUUUCAUGUGCACGCUCCCAGCACUUGCAUGAUGACAUCACUGGUCUGGCCCCAGCAAAGCAGUGAUUAUAUUUUCCGAGAACUAUGCAUUGUUAAGCAGAUUCCUUGAUGGCCCUAGAAAGUUGAUUAUUGUGCAGCAAACCAUGACAUGUAAAUAUGGCCUGAAUUUGGAUGCGGAAGCCAAAGAAUAAAGCUAUUGUCAAAGGACAACCGAUGAAAAUACGACGGGCUUCUGGUAUUAACCCCGUUUCUGAAUUCAAAUUCCUUCGUCAGGUAAAGUGUAAAGAAAUCUUCAACAGAUUGCAUACACUUUCUCUCAUGUAAACAUCUUAAGUCAUUAAUUGUUGCCAAAAUACAAAGGGCAAUACACUCCUACCAGGGCUUUUUUCCUGGGGAAAGAGGUGGUGGAACUCAGUGGG